AAGCGGCGCCUGAAGAUCGGCAUCGUGGGCUUCGGGAAGUUCGGCCAGUUCCUCGCGCGCAAGUUCGCGAACUACGACCACGAGAUCUACACGAUCAGCAAGUCGGACCGGUCCGCCGAGGCCGAGGAGGUCGGCGCGCUCGGGUCGUACGUGCUGGACCAGCGCGAGGACGUGCUCGACUUCUUCGGCCGGGACCUGGACGUCGUCGUCCUGGCCGUGUCCAUCGUGAGCUUCGACGAGACGCUGGCGGCGCUGCGGCCGGGGCUCGAGACGCACGAGGACGUGCUCAUCGCCGACGUGCUGAGCGUCAAGGAGCACGCGGAGAACUCGCUGCUGGCGCGCGUGCCGUCGGGCACGUCCGUGCUCUGCACGCACCCCAUGUUCGGCCCCGAGAGCGGCCGCCACGGCUGGGAGAAUUUGGCGUUCGUCUACGACCGCGUGCGCGUGCGCGACGACCGCUCCGAGACCUGCGAGCGGUUCCUCAGCAUCUUCGAGAGCGCGGGCUGCAAGAUGGUCGAGAUGACCUGCACGCAGCACGACGUCUACGCCGCGAAUUCCCAGUUCCUCACGCACCUCGUCGGCCGCAUGCUCGGGUCCAUCGGCCGGCUCCACCCGACGCCCAUCGACACCAAGGGCUUCGAAUCCGUGCUCAAGAUCGUCGAGACGACCUGCGACGACUCCUUCGACCUCUUCUACGGCCUCUACCGCUACAACCAGCACUCCAAGUCCACGCUGCUCUGCCUCCGCAAGGCCCUCGCGGACCUGGAGCUGCGCCUCAUC